GUCAAGACAGCUGACUGUCUUUCGUCUCAUAAAUAGAAACACACCCUUUUUUGUUUUCCUUUUGUCUCACGUGGAAAUCAGCUAAAUUUGGGCGCAUUGAAAAAAAAUUUCUUUUGCCUUGAAUGGAGCCCUCACAACAUUGUUGAACAAUUUCUUAGGUUGUGGAAACUUUUGUUUAAUAUUCAUAGGCAAAAGGGGGUGACACAAAGCCUUUUUUAAUGCAACCAAACUUUACAGAAAUAUUUUGAAUUAAUUCACGGGAAUGGCAACACAAAUUUAUGUAUGAUGACGCACGAAAUCAGCAGAUAAACCGGAAAAUGACCGCACCCCUGCCACGGCGUACGACCUGACCCCUACCGGCAAGAAGUACCACGAUUCCUUCCAGGCUUAUAUAAUCAUUCUCGUGAGUCCUCUUUAAUAAAACUUCAUAGUCUAUGAGAUCUUCCAUCUAUUGCUAAAAAGUUGACUUGAAAGUUGACGAGUUGAACCAAAGGUGCGAAAAAGCGAAAAUGGCAAACAAAUCGUCGGUUGGAAUAUUUGGGGGAAAGUCACAACCAAAAAUUGUCUUUUUCCCCCAAACAGAGACAGACCCCGAAAAAAGCUACGAAAUAUCUGAAGAUGUGCUAUUUCGACGUUUACUCAGUGAAAAAACUGCAAAAGAGGUCGGAGAUGCGCAACACAAUGACACGUCAAGUAUCCUCAAACGAAUUGACCUGAAGUCUACGAUAUCACAAGUUGAAACACACAAAUCUCGAAAUGUUGGUCAGAUCGAAUCGGAAAACAUUUUCGUCGUAUUCCAGACCACCAGCAGUAAAGAGAAUCGACAGUACUGGUGGUCGUUGGAGGAGAGUACUGAAAGUGUCGCCAUGCAGAGAUCGCAGGAAAAAUACGUAGUCAUAAACAAGUUCAAGGGAAAAAUUCGAAAUCAAGUUGAAACCAUUGCAGACGGAUUAAAAGGAAAGGGUUCGAUUAAAGAUUUCUUGAUUUUAUUAUGGAUUCACAUUGUUAUUGACCUCAAAUACCAAAGUUUCUUAUCCAGAUGCGAGUCGUUCAUUCCCUUGGUCAUGAAAAAAAUUACAGAAACCUAUUACGAAUACCCGCCAAAUUACUUUACUUAUUCAGCCCUUUCAUCUGAAGAAAUCAAUCCCCAAGUGGAAGAAAUAAUCAAUUUUCUCACCAAAGUUACUAAAUGGCACCCACUACUGUGCCUAACGUAUUUGGGAGAUAUCCACCAGUUCGACCGAGUGUUGGGAAAUGGAUUUUUUAAAACCAAAAUCGACGGCAUCUACAACCGAUUGACUCUGCUCAACGCGGCGAUUCUCUUUUGUAAAACAGGAAUGGUUAAACAUGUUUUAGAGAAAAAGAAGGCCAAUGCCAGAAAACGCGACCAGGCAGGAAGGAAUGCCCUUAAUAUGGCAGCCCUGUUCACUGACGAAGAAGAAAUAAUCAAAUUACUUUUGAGUUUUCAAAUUAAGGACAAAUUAAACAUUAAAGAUAAAUCAGGGAUGACUGCCCUUCAUUACGCAGUCAUCUCGUCCAACUUGACAGUUGCUAGACUCCUGAUAGACCAGGCCGCCGAUUUCAAAAGACUGGAUCCGACCGGCCAUUCGCCACUGCAUUUAGCAGCCCAUUACGCAAAGGAUAACCAGAUUCUCGAGCUGCUCCUGACUAAAGUGAACAUAGACGAAUGUGAUACAGCCGGAAUAACUGCCCUGCACAGCGCCGCCAUCGCCUCCAACGCCAUUUCCGCUCGAUAUCUCAUCGAAAGGGGUGCAGACAUCAACCGUGUUGACAAACGCGGCCGAACUCCAGUCCACGUCGCUGCCGCCUUGGCAAAGAACAUGGAUUUCUUCAAUGUUUUUCUGAGUAAUGAAAAGGCGGAUCUCGAAUGCUCCGACGAACGCAAACUAACCGUACUGGCUUACGCAAAGAUCAACCAAUUUGGGUUGGCUAAGGAAAUCGUCAGUGGCAUUGAAAAGAAAAUCAAUGACAAACGCAGCGAAUACAGCUUAGCUAAGAAAACCGCAGGUGUGCAACCAUGUACUGGUGGCGAGUAUAAGCAUGCGUCGAUUUUCGGGAACCUGAUGGAAAACAUCACUGGAGGCAUUAAUGUAAUGGGGAAAUAUUCUCAAAAAUUUAAAAGUACGCGAAAUUUAACUGGUGGCGAGUACAAGAAAACAUUGCUCUUCGUGCCCGAUGCUGAUAAUGAACCUGACGUGGUCCACGAAAUCUCGGAACCUGCGCUAUUUCAAUUUGGAUUGAAUGAAGAAACUCUGGAAGAAUUCAAAGGAGCUGAAGUUGAAAUCGCCAAAAUGUUGGACGUUUUAAAAGACAUCGACAAACAAUCGAAAAUCACUCAAGUCGAAGCCUACCAUAGCAGCAGGAAAAAAAUGACAGAUGCAUUGAAAGCUUAUCACGUUUUCAUCGUCUUCAAGUCGACAAGUGAAAAAGCAGACGAUGGAGUCUACUGGUGGUCGUUGGAGAAGCACACGGAAUACAUUGUCUUGCAACGAUCCCGCAACAAAGACAACGUCAAGAACAAGUUGCAUGGCAAAGAACGAAUCAAAGUGAAAUCCAUAAAAGAAGAUUUAAAAGGAAAAGGUACGAUUAAAGAUCUGUUUGCAAUUCUUUGGGCCCAUCAGGUGAUUCCAGAAAAGUACAACAUCUUUUGCUCAAACUGCCAGUUCUUGGUCUCUUUCGUAGGCGAACAAAUUACCGAAAUAGGAUACAAAUACAAGGGAUAUUUCAAGUACUAUCCUUCUCCUGAAAAAGGCCGGGACAAACAAAUGUUGGAGUUAAUCAACGUCAUAAGAGAUUGUUCUGAUUGGUCCCCUUUAUUCCAUCUCAUUAAAAUGGGAAAUACCGAUCUUGUUGAUAAAACAGUAGCAAGUGGCAUGUACGACAUCAACGCCUUCCACAAUGGACUUACUCCGCUUCACUUAGCCAUUAUGUUGAACAAAACCAAAAUGGUUCAACAUCUUCUACAACCUCCAAUGAAUGCAGAUCCCACAAAACGCGACGCAUCCGGAAAGAGCGCCCUUCUAUUGGCUGUCGACAUGUACGAAAUGAAAGAAGAGAUCUUCGAUUUGCUACUGGCACAUGACAAAGUCAACGUUGACGAUGUGGACGAAGACGGACAAACUGCUCUCCAUUUGGCCGCUCGUAAAAGCAACAUUUUUCAAAAAUUAUUAGAAAGAGGAGCCAAUCCCAACAUUUUCGACAAAAUCGGUAGGUCUCCUCUUCAUGUGGCAGCACUUGAUAGAGACGGUAUCCCUGUCAUCGAUUUGCUCCUAGCUCAUCCUAAAGUCAAGGUGGACGAUGUAAACGAAUUCGGAAUAACUGCGCUUCAUGCUGCCGCUUACGCAUCCAACGUUAUUGCUGUCAAACGCUUGAUAGAAAAAGGAGCCAAUCCCAACCUUUUCGACAAAGACGAUCUGUCCCCUCUUCACGUGGCAGCCCUGCAAAAAAACGGUAACCCUAUGAUUGAUCUACUCUUAGAAGCUCAAAAAGUCAAAGGAUUGGGCGACGUAAACAAUCAAAAUAAACAAGGAAGGACUGCACUUCAUUACGCCGCCGCUUAUUCCAAUGAAAUCACGACCGAGCAUUUGAUCGAAAAGGGCGCAGAUCUCCACUGUCGAACCAAUGUUGGCGAUACUCCACUUCACUAUGCUGCACUUGGUGCAAAAGACAUGAACACCAUCGACUUGUUAUUGGAGAACAUUAACGAAGGAGAGAUUGAACAGUACAAAAACGAUGAAAGACUUUUCUUUUUCGCCAGGCAUAACUCGCACGGAUUAGAAGUUGGAAUAAUUGAUCGGUUACGUAAAAAGGACAUAGGCCUAAUACCUCCAAGUACCGAAACCGACGAUUGUUGGACUGGAGAAUCCGACGAGGCAACAGGCGUCAAUACUCGCCGUUUCGUAUUAGACAAAGGCGCCGAUCCUUCAAUUGACUUGACGGGAUUUUAUGGCCUUGAUUUCUUAAUAACGCGAGUCAAGAUAUCACUGGGAAUCUAUGACGAUAUCAAUGGCCGCGAUCAAAACGGUGAAACUCCCCUUUUUUCCACUAUACGCGCCAACAACGUGAAUGCGGUUAGAAAUUUGCUGGAAAAGGGAGCCGAUCCCACCAUACGCAACAACAAAGGCGAAACUCCAUUUCAUGUUGCAGUGGAAAACUGUAGAGAUUUCGAUAUUCUCAAUUUACUUCUGGGAAGUGGAAAAGUUGACAUCAAUGAAAUAACAAGUGAAUAUGGAGAGACUGCACUCCACAUCGCAGUCAUGGGAUCCAACAAAGCUGCAGCAGAAUUUCUUUUAUCAAAAGGAGCCAACCCCAACGUCGCUGAUAAAGAUGGAGCCACUCCACUUCAUUUGGCGGUAUGGUUUGCAAAAGGCAUGGACAUUUUCGAGUUACUCGUCAAUCAUCCAGACGUGGAUGUCAAUUGUUUGGACAAAUGGGGGCAAAAUGCGCUAGAUAAAGCAAAGUUCUACAACGCACACGGGCACGGCGAAAGAAUUGCCAAUCUGUUGAAAGAAAAAGGCGCCAUGGAAAGAGAAGACAGACUGUUCAAAGGAAACAAUGAAUCCUUAAAAAAACUUGUGAAUUAUACUUCCAGCAAUGCUGCCGACGAAAUUGAAAACGUUUUAAGCGACGCUACAGUACCAUUUGAGAACCAAAUCGCUAGGAUUAAGGAUGAACAUUUGGUUUCUGCUAUAGAACACUCGGACCUAGAACGUGUUCGUCUUCUAUUGAAAAAUGGAGCAGAUAUCAGCAGCGCACGGGGAGAAGAUGGAAUGAAUGCGUUUCAUGUGGCAUCACGUUAUGCAAAGACGACGGAUCUCAUCGACGUCAUUCUAGAAACUGGCAAAUUCGACAUUAACGGAGUGGACAACGAUGGAAGGACACCUCUUCAUUGGGCAAUCAUGGGAACAAACUUGGAAACGAUUGCUCAUCAUCUGAUUCAAAAGGGAGCCGAUCCCACCAUUACCGACAAGGAAGGCAACACCGCACUUCACUUUGCGGCCCUUCAUGCAAAAACAAUCGAAACAAUCACUUUAAUCCUGGAAAAUAAACAAGUCGAUAUCAAUCACCGUGACGAACUUGGAAGAACUGCUCUACAUUACGCAAUAGAGAAAAAAAACGUGGAGAUUGUUCGAUGCUUGGUGGAAAAAGGAGCCGAUCCCACCAUACACGACCAUACCGGCUACACUCCAUUUCAUUUUGCAGCAUAUUUUCUGACAGACACUGAUGUUCUCGGUCUCCUGCUGGAAACUGGAAUAGUUGACAUCAAUGAAACCACAUCUAAAGAGGGAUUGACUGCUCUUCAUCUGGAAAUUAUAAAAUACAACGUGCCUGCCCUUCGCUUCCUGUUAUCAAAAGGAGCUAACCCCAAUGUCGGUGAUGAGAACGGAAUCACUCCACUUCACCUGGUGGCAACGCUUGCAAAAGAUAUAGAUAUCGUCGAACUAUUCCUCAAUCAUCCAGACACGAAUGUCAAUUGCCUGGACAAUGAAGGGCGAAAUGCGCUAGAUUACGCGAAUGACAACGAGCACGGGCACAGCGAACGAUUAACCAAACUUUUGAAAGAAAAAGACGUCGUCUCUCAAACUGGAAACUCUCUUGAGGACGAAAAAGUCCAAAAAGAGAUUACCUUCAAGAAUAUUGUGAAAGGAAUUCUAGCUUAUGCAAUCGAAAAUUCUGACGUUGAAAAGGUUCGAAUCCUAAUAGAAAAGGGAGCAGAAAUUAGCACUGUGACUUGGGGAGAAGAAGGGGUGAAUGCACUUCACGUGGCAUCGGUUUAUGCAAAGAAGACGGAACUACUUGACGUCAUUCUGGCAGCCGGUCAAUUCGAAAUCAAUGGUAGUAACGUAAAUGGAAUGACCGCUCUUCAUUAUGCGUCCCAUGCCAAUAACAUGACCACUGCUCGCUACUUGCUGGAAAAAGGAGCCGAUCCUGCCAUAGGAGACAAUAAAGGCUUCACUCCACUUCACUUAGCUGCAAAACACAGUUACAACACCGAUAUUCUCGCCUUACUUUUGACAAGGGAAAAGAAAAUUGAAAUCAACAAGGUUAACGAAUCUGGAUUGACUGCCCUUUAUGUAGCAGUUGCAACAUCCAACGUGACUGCCGCGCGCUUCCUGUUAGAAAAAGGAGCAAACCCCAACGUCGCUGAUCCAAAUGGAUACAUUCCACUUCACGUGGCGGCCAAAUAUGCAAAAGACAUGGACAUUGUUGAGCUACUCCUCAAUCACAAAGACACGAAUGUCAACUUUUUAGACAAUGCCGGGCGAAAUGCGCUAGAUUUCGCAAUGGACAACGAGCACGGACUCGGUAAAGCAAUUGUCAAUCUGCUGAGGGAAAAAAUGGCCGCGAAGGCAGAAGGAAGCAAACACGAACUAGAGAACAUCGCGACAUCCAUACCACCAAGUCGCAUCAUAAAAAAUUCGGACAUAGAAAAGAUUCGUUUCUUGAUAGAAAACGGACAAGAUAUUAGCGCGAUGACUUGGGGAGAAAACGGAACGAACGCACUUCACCUGGCGGCAGCUGACGAAAAGGCGGCGGAAUUCAUCGACGUCAUUCUGGAGACUGGGAAAUUUGACAUCAACGGAGUUGACAACGACGGAAGGACUCCACUCCAUUACGCAAUUGAGAGACCCAACCCUGUUACAAUCAAUGCUCGUCGUCUGAUCAAAAUGGGAGCCAAUACCAACAUUGCUGACAAGAACGGAGUCACCCCUCUUCACAUGGCAGCAAGGAAUGCAAAGUCAAUGGAUCUCAUUGAGAUCCUCCUAAACACUGAAGCCGUGGACGUGAAUUGUGUCGACAUAAAAGGCCGUACUCCACUUUCUUGUGCUCGAGACAACAUACACGGACUAGGCCAGAGGAUUGUCCAUCGUCUGAAGGAAUAUGGCGCAAUGCGAUAUGUUUCGCUGUCGAUAAAAUUCGAGAGAGACGCGAUUUUAGGGAUGGGGGCUUACGGAGUCAUUUUCAAAGGAGAAUGGAACCAUUUACAAGUUGCAGUCAAACGAUUUGAAUUGUCGGAGUGUGAAGCCUACAAACAGGAAGAUGCUCUGAGAGAACUUGACCAUCCAAAUGUCGUCAAACUUUAUCACGUUGAAAGCGACCUUGAUUUCAGAUAUUAUGCGCUGGAACUGUGCCAGGCAUCGCUGGAUCACAAAUUCUUGGAUGAGACGAACCCAAAAAAAUAUCGUGGACUCAUGCCACCAGAAAAAGAAGUUUGCCUCCAAUUGGCCAAGGGAUUGGCCUACAUUCACGAUAAAGGAUUGAUCCAUCGAGAUAUCAAACCGGAAAACGUUCUCAUCUGGGUGGAUUACACUGGAGAAAAAGUCGUAAUGAAAUGGUCGGGAUUUGGACUUAGUAAACAAGUGAACGAAAGAGGAAGUCAUUCCAUUAGUGGAAUGAGAGGAACCAACAAUUGGAUGGCGCCGGAAAUUUUGAAGACAACAACCAGCAUGCAUCGAAGAGGAACCGUCAAGAGCGAUGUUUUUAGCGCAGGACUUGUUUUCGGCUAUUAUCUAUUAGACGGUGAUCAUCCUUUCGGUUCACCUAUCAAUGUUCUACCAAACAUUGUCAAGAAUAAGCCAGUCAAUCUGACAAAAAUGAAAUUACAUCCCAUGCACGCGAUCAUCAUGGAAAUGUUGAAGGAUAAUCCCGACGAGAGGAUUUCAUCGGACGAUGUUGUUUCAGGAUUAAACAACUUGAUAGAAUUCCAGGUUUCACUGCCGAUUUCUAUCGACAGAAAAAAGGUUUUAGGGGAAGGGCGUUACGGAAUCGUUUUUGAAGGGACGUGGAUGGACAGAAAAGUGGCCGUCAAGCGAAUUCAAAUCGAAAACGUUGAAAACAACAAAGGAGGAGAAGAAGCUCUACAGAUAUUAGAUCAUCCAAAUGUCGUCAAACUUUUGCACGUUGAAAGCGACAUUGAUUUCAGAUAUUAUGCGCUGGAACUGUGCCAGGCAUCGCUGGAUCACAAAUUCUUGGAUGAGACGAACCCAAAAAAAUAUCGUGGACUCAUGCCACCAGAAAAAGAAGUUUGCCUCCAAUUGGCCAAGGGAUUGGCCUACAUUCACGAUAAAGGAUUGAUCCAUCGAGAUAUCAAACCGGAAAACGUUCUCAUCUGGGUGGAUUACACUGGAGAAAAAGUCGUAAUGAAAUGGUCGGGAUUUGGACUUAGUAAACAAGUGAACGAAAGAGGAAGUCAUUCCAUUAGUGGAAUGAGAGGAACCGAAAACUGGUAUUCCCCUGAAAUAUUGAAGAUAAUGACGGAAGAAAACGAUCGUAAAACUACGACAACAACAACCAGCAUGCCUCGAAGAGGAACCGUCAAGAGCGACGUUUUUAGCGCAGGACUUGUUUUAGGCUAUUAUCUAUUAGACGGUGAUCAUCCUUUUGGUUCAAGAUUUGAUAUUCCGACAAACAUUUUUAAAAAUGAGCCAGUCAAUCUGACAAAAAUAAAAGAACAUCCCAUGCGCGCCAUCAUCAUGGACAUGUUGAAGGACAAUCCCAACGAGAGGAUUUCAUCGGCCAAUGUUGUUUCAAGAAUAAAAAGCAUUAUAUAGGGAAGACAACCGAUACACAAAAAUAAUCUGUUACCAGCAUGUUGACUCUUAUAGAACCCUUUAACUACACCAACCCCCUCCCCCUUCCCCUAAAAAUGCAUCGGCGUUACUGCCUUUAUUCGCAAUCAAAUUUUCUCAAGUGCCAAGAAUAACCAGCAUGACAAUUCAUUUAAUUUCUCUAUUUGUCUUUUAUCUGCGAUGCAACAUGAUGUGCUUGACGCCACCAUUAGGCUACCUUUUUUCAUGCGGAUCGUUCAUAAUGAUGAUAAUAAUAAUAAUAAUGAAAUAAUACAAAAGUGUUGCUUACCGGGUUA